GGCAGUACGAGUGUCUUGAUAUUACACAAAACGAUUGAGUAGACUGAUAAUGAACUACAGGACAGGUUUUGUGUGUGUCUGGAUUUUCACCUUGAUGGCAAAUGGAGAUGCAAGGCGCUCUCAAAGGAAACACGCGGCCAGGGUUUCGUGCAGGCCCAGAGAGCUGAUCGCCCUCACCAAAACCCAGAUGGAAGCCAGCCUGGCAGCUUUUGACAAUACCAACGGGAAGCACCUGGGGACGUGGUCCCCCGGCUUCCCCGAGCUCAAGGUCCACCGGGACUCCCCUGUCAACGAGUCAAAGGUGCUGUGCAGCCUCUCCUUCAUGGCUCAAGGCCUGGAAGAAGUCUUGGAGGACCAGAAAAACGACCUCAAUCCAACCGCCGAGUCGCUCCACAAGAAGCUGCGGGACACCAUCUCCACCGUCAACAUGCUGGCAGCGUGUCUGCGGAGCGUCCUCCAUGGCGAAUGCUCCCCGGAGCCGUCGCCGCCCACGCUGCCAGAGCAGGCUUUCCAGAGGAAGCAGUGGGGCCACACGCUGCUGAAGACAGCCAGGGAGUAUCUCAACUGGCUGCAGCACAACUUUGUCCAUCGCGUUACACAGAUCAGGGUGAGGAACGGGAGACACAGGGGCAGUAAGCCCCGCCAGUACUUAGAAGGGAGCGGGUACCACCUGUAG